AUGGCCAUUGCACACACACUGCUCCUUUUAAUAGUUCUUUUCCUGUCAGCUAUUCUUGCAGCUAGCCAAACCAACUGCCCCAUAAAGCCAAACUCAGCUGCCAUAUCUGCCGGUAGCGACGACUCUCCAUGGCUUUCGCCUUCCGAGGAGUUCGCCUUUGGCUUUCGUCUUCUCCCCCACUCUGCCCCCAACGACGAAGACCGGUUCUUGCUAUCAAUAUGGUUCAACAAAAUACCAGAACAAACCAUAGUUUGGUCCAAGAACGAUCAUCCAGUUCCCCGCAGAUCGAAAAUCCAGCUUACUAACGAAGGCCAGCUCAUUCUCUACAACAAUCAAGAUGUCGAACUAUGGAAGGCCAACAUAGGGAGCCAAACAGCGAGCUGCGCUGCCAUGCUCGAUUCAGGAAACUUUGUGCUAAUGAAUGCAACGAGCCCUGCUCCCGUUUGGGAGACCUUCAACGUCCCUACCGACACCAUCUUGCCCUCUCAGCGGCUAAGCACGGGCGGAAACCUCACUUCUCGCCUGUCAGACACCGAUUACUCGAAUGGAAGAUUCCAGCUGCGGAUGCAAAAUGAUGGGAACCUUGUGCUCUACACUAUAUUUUUGCCUACACAGGAUGUAAACGGUGAUUAUUGGGCUAGUGGAACUAAUAAAAUCCACUCCCAGCUCGUCUUUGAUGAGGCCGGUUACAUAUACAUACAAUCAGCACGCAACGAAAAAACAUACAACCUCACUACUAACAACAUGGGGUCAAGGCAGGAUUUUUGGUUCCUUGCUAGGCUUGAUGCUGAUGGAGUUUUCAGGCACUAUCAUCGCCAGAGAGGAAACUCUGCUGCUGUUGGAAGUUGCCCUUCGUCUUGGUCCGUUGUCCAAACAACUCCAGAAGAUAUUUGCAGCGCGGUCUUAGGGAACAUUGGAAGUGGAGCUUGUGGAUACAACAGCUACUGUGUCAAUUCCAAUGGCAAGCCUAGCUGUUUGUGCCCCCAGGGAUACUCUCUUCUGGAUCCACUCAAUUCCUUUGGAGGGUGCAAACCAGACUUUCCGUCGCCUAGCUGCUACCUUAACGGAUGGGAAACCGACUCUGAGUCAGUAGAGUUUAAGGAACUCAACAACACUGACUGGCCUUUUACAGAUUAUGAGCUUCAGGAAGGGCCGGAUGUGAAUAAAGAGGCCUGCAAGCAGCUCUGCCUCCGCGAUUGUUUCUGUGCAGCUGCAAUCUACAACAAGAACAGAUGUUGGAAGAAACGGUUUCCUCUCUCGAAUGGAAGACAGUCCAAAGAUGUGAACAGGAUAGCCUUGAUUAAGGUCCCACGGAACAAUGUGACAGCAGCCUCGUCGUGUCCUGCAAGAAAUGAUCGGUCCGCUGCAGUUAUCCUUCUAUCAGCUUUUCUCGGAAGCUCAAUUUUCCUCAACUGUCUUCUGCUAGGAGCUAUAGGAGUGGUUUCUUUUUUGGUGUAUCAUAAUAAGUUGUUGAAUCUGAAGUCAUCUAACUCAACUGUGUAUGGUAUGAGAGUGUACUCGUAUAAGGAGCUCGAGGAGGCAAGUGGUGGCUUCAAGGCGAAUCUAGGCCGAGGGUCUUUUGGAGCUGUCUAUAAAGGAUAUGAGUCGAAGAGAUACAUCGCGAUCAAGAGGCUCGACAAGGUGGAGAAGCAGGGAGAAAAGGAGUUUGCAACGGAAGUGAAGGCGAUUGGACAGACUCACCACAAGAACUUAGUGACCUUGCUUGGCUACUGCAACGAGGGAGAUCACCGCCUUUUGGUGUACGAGUACAUGAGCAACGGCUCUCUAGGUGACCGGCUCUUCGGCCUAACAAAGCCUCAUUGGAACCAGCGAAUGCAGAUUGCGCUUGGCGUUGCACGAGGGCUGGCCUACUUGCACGAAGAGUGCAGCUCCCAGAUCAUACACUGUGAUGUGAAGCCUCAGAACAUCCUCCUGGACGAGUACCUCGCUCCAAAGAUAUCCGACUUUGGCAUGGCGAAGCUCUUACUGGCCGAGCAGAGCCGUGCUGCAAGGACUCAUAUUAGAGGGACGGUGGGGUACUUUGCACCGGAAUGGUUUAGGAAGGCUUCUGUGAGCACCAAAGUGGAUGUGUAUAGCUUCGGGGUGAUGCUGCUUGAGAUCAUCUGCUGCACCUCGAGCGUGGGAUUCGCGAUGGGGGACGAGGACGAGGCGUUGAUUGAUUGGGUGUACGAGUGCUACAGCAAGAAGAGAGUGGAUGCAUUGGUGGAGAAUGAUGAGGAGGCAAGGAAUGAGAUGAGGAGUGUGGAGAGGGUGGUGAUGGUGGGGAUUUGGUGCAUUCAAGAGGAAGCUAGUUUGAGGCCAUCAAUGAGAAGAGUUGCUCAGAUGCUUGAAGGGGUGGCUCCAGUCUCUGUGCCUCCUCCCCCUUCCAUCUUUAUAUCAUCUUGUUCAACUUAG